GUGUGGACAGGUACAGCACCCACAGACAGACACAGAAUCCACUUUACCUGCAGCUCAGGUGAGAGCAGAGACAGGCUGGAGGCCUCACCUGGAGACAUGUACGUCAGUUACCUUCAGCUGGACAAAGACCCCACCAUGUACCAGACCCCGGUCACCCGCCACCCGGGGAUCAGCCUCAGCCCGCAGAACUUUGUCCCAGCCCCGCCUCAGUACUCGGACUUCCCCGGCUACCACCACCACCACCCGGGCCUUAACAACGACCUGCACCCGGCGGGGCAGCAGGCAGGGCCCGGUGGCGGCGGCUGGAGCCCGGCUUACCCCCCUCCUCCCCCGGCCCGGGACGACUGGUCCUCGCAUCACUACGCCGCUGCUGCCGCGGCCGCCGCCGCCGGAGGGGCCCCGGGAGGCUCCACGGUGCCCGGAGCGGUGGGCCCUACGCUCGGCUUCAGCCCUCCGGAGUUUCCCGGGCAGCCUCCUACGCUGCUGCCCGCCUCCAUCAACUCCUCCGCCGGGCAGCUCUCUCCGGGAUCCCCGCAGAGGAGGAACCCGUACGACUGGAUGCGCCGGAGCUCUGCGCCGCCAACCAACCCCAAUGGAAAGACACGGACUAAAGACAAGUACAGAGUGGUUUACACCGACCACCAGCGGCUGGAGUUGGAGAAAGAGUUUCACUACAGCAAAUACAUCACCAUCAGGAGGAAGGCGGAGCUCGCCACGGCCCUCGGCCUAUCAGAGAGACAGGUGAAGAUCUGGUUCCAGAACCGGCGGGCAAAGGAGCGCAAGAUCAACAAGAAGAAGCUCCAGCAGCCAGCCUCCUCCACGACCACGCCAAACCCUCCCAACGGCACCAACGGCAGCGGGGGAGGAGGCGGUGGCGUGAUACACGGAACCGGCGGCAGCAGCGUGGGUAUGGUGACGAGCAGCAGCGGCAGCAAUGGGCUGGUUUCACCGUCCUCUCUGCCUCUAAAUAUCAAAGAGGAGUACUGAGGAACAAAGUUUUACUGGACGAUGAUAUCGGGGAUGAGGACUAAGAUAAAUCUCCCCAAAGACCUUAAAAACUUUUAUCCUGUUUCUCUGGACUCGAGGCUCUAAGUUGUUUAAAACUUUGGUAAAAGUUAUCCAGCAGCGACUCUUCUCCCAUCAGGCUGCUGGUCACGAUCAGUCUGAUUGUUGAUCAGAUGAUUGAUCGUUGGGGAUAAGGAUGUUUGGUUGCUUUUUAACAGCAACCUGCAGGACUUCCUCUGAACCACUUUAUCAGCAACUAGGUCUAAAUGAUGUUUAAUAUGAUCCAGAAAAUCUGUCCAGAUUUUUCCAUUAGAUGGAACUGAUGCAGCCAUAAACACACACUUCUCUGAAAUGUCUCUCCAUGUAAAUGUAAUUGAGCUGAAUGAGGAGCUGCAGAUGAAGAUUAUAACCCAUACUGUCAGACAGUGUGGAAAAUGUUUUUUAACUUUAAAGCUACUUUCAAGGGUUUUCUGGGGUUUAUAUUUGGCUUUCUGAUAAAUCAUUAAAAUUGUUUGUACCAUGUUUUCUCAUCCCAUAAAGGACAAUAAAACCCAGUGUCUGUAGCAGAA